AGAGGAUCUGCAGUAUCUCGUACUCUGUAGUUAACUACUGUACUAGCUAGUUACCUAUUUUAUAUACGGAUGAUAAGGAGCAAGGCGAAGCGCUUGUCGAUCACGAGACUUAAUUAGUUAUCCUCAUAGCGUGCGUUUGAAUGUCGCAGAGCGCUGGUGAUUUUUAUAGUUCUUUUUUAUAUGUUAGAGGGGAUACCCCGAAUUCUGGGGCUGGCUGUCCCUACUUGAUAUUUUUGAUGACGGCAUAUUUUUUGGAGAGAAACUCUUACUCUUAACUUACUCACUCCUUCAAUCAGCCAGUCCCCAGCAUGUCUAAUGAUGAUUUCGACACCAGAUAUGGCUUCUCACCAACUCCCACUUCCUUUAUAUAUCCUUCGCCAACCAAAACCACCAGGAUGUGCAAAGACAAAUUCGGAAACCGCCACAGGUGUCCCGACAAAAGCCUCGUCGCGCCCCUCGUCGGCGUGCUCGUCGGCCUCUUAGUGCUGGUGGUAUGCAUUGUAUUCCUCAUGCGCCACAAGCGGGGGAGGAAGCGUGUAGACACCGACGCCUCUGCUCCUCUCGCUCAGGGGGUCGAUCAGCCGUCAUCAUCGCCGUCGUCGCCGCCGCCGUAUAGCGCGCCAGUAUCGCAUUGGGGUCCGAGGCUGGCCCAGCAUGGACAUAUUGAGAUGCAGAGGCCGGGGAAUGUAUAUCACGGCGGCCCGUAA